AUGGGCAACUGCCAUGCAACAAAGGCGAAGAAUCCUAUCGUUACUACCGGGUCUUACCAUGACCCAACCCUAUUUCAGUCUUCUACCACUGAGAGGCCGACCACAACCCAACGACCACGACAACAGUCAAUAAACCAUAAAAAAGACGAUGGACCAAAUGAGCAAAAUGUUAAACCUGUGAACAAUGAGGGCUAUUUGGAAUGGAAGGCGAAUAAAUAUAUGAAAUUAGAAGAGGACAAAGUGGAUGUGACCAGCACAGAAUCGCACCAGAAUGAUGGAUUUGUACGUUUUGUCAAGUCGGGUGGAUUGAUGGGUGAUCUGAUUGAGUCCAAUAAGCCUCCACCUGGUUGGAAUGACAUGCUUCGUAAAAGGUAUCCGGUCUGUUGCAAGCCUGUAAAAACCAAAGACGGGAGCCUUUUGUACCAAGCCACUAUUCAUAUCAACGACGAAGAACUUACCACAAAACGGCAUUUUCUCGCCUUUUUCCAAAUCAGACCACAUCUGUUGGAUCCGCAUGAGUUUAUCGACUGGUGUAAACAAAAUCACAUGUACAACACAGUCCUAGACUAUAUCGCACUGUACGCAGCUUCCCGACUUCAUGGUCCCGGUAGUAUGUGCCUACGCGGCUUACCCAAAGAACCGAAUGCUGUGAAGGUGAUGAUGACCGAUCGAUUUGUAUUACCCACCGGUGUUUUUCGCGCAGUCAUUUUCUAUGCUAGAACAGAACAAGCAGUGAGGAGAAUGGUUAAUAUCUACCUAAAGCGUCUACCACCGUCGGCCGCUCGGAGUGUAAGAUGCGGUUUCCCCGAGGAGUUGGUCAUCGACAGUAAGCUGGCGCGAGUGGCAACACAAGAUGGUUAUUAA